UUUCCAUGAUGUAUACGCAUAUAUAGUCCAUAAUACAUAUUAAUUGGUUAAUAGUUAAUAAUUAUUAAUAAAAAUAAAAUGGUGAGGCCUACAGGAGGUGGUAGUAAUACUGAGAGAAAAGGACGUUACAAGGGUGUUAGGAUGCGGAAAUGGGGCAAGUGGGUGGCGGAAGUGCGGCAGCCGAACAGCCGCGAUCGAAUAUGGUUAGGGUCUUACGACACGGCGGAGGAGGCGGCCCGAGCUUACGACGCCGCCCUGUUUUGUCUACGUGGCCCGUCGGCAAUAAUCAACUUUCCUGCCCAUCCACCGGACAUUCCCACCACCACUGACCUCUCCCCCUCCCAGAUACAAGUGGCUGCAUCGCGGCAUGCGCGCGGAUUCUCGACCGACUCUUCCGCGGUCGCGCAAGAUGGGAAUAAUCGAACCGGGUGUGGGGAUGCCGAGCAGGAGUGUAAUCUACUUGGAGAGUUUGGAAAUUCGGCAACUUAUAAUUUUCCGGCGGAAGAGGGCGGCGGUGAUGGUGGUGGUGGUGAUGGCGGUGUGGUUUUUGAGAGAGAACGCUUAUGGGCAUACUGAAGACUUGAUAUUGUGUAGAAUGAAUUGUAGGAUAGAUGUGAAAAAGGUUAUGAGAGUAAUAAUAUUUGAGGUUGUUUAAUUAGAAUAGGUGAAUUAAUAUCGCAUACGUAAUGUGGUAAAAGGAUAAAAGAAUAAGAAUCGAUUUUAUUUGUUUAUUUGUUA